GGGACGCGCCGCAUGCCAGCGACGCCACCGGCGCCCGCCGCGGCCGGAGCAGGGGCCCGGAGCUGGGGAGGGGGAUACCGGUUUGGACCGGGCCCUUUGUCUGAGCGGCCGGUGGGGUGUCGUGGCAGCGGCCCCACCGUGAGGCGAGGCUGCGCCGGGAGCCUCCACCCCUGGCCCACCCUGCCCCGGGCUCAUCAUGUGACGCGGGACUGAAGUGGAGCUGGGGAUGAAUGGUUGACUGAACAUUUGUAUGAAGAGGAAAGCCAUAAAAGUUGGACAUCAGCGCCUUUGAGAACAGAAUGUUAAUGCUUGAUGGGAUGCCGGCAGUCAGAGUCAAAACAGAGCUGUUGGAAUCCGAGCAAGGGUCUCCAAACGCCCACAACUACCCAGAUAUGGAAGCUGUACCCUUGUUACUAAACAACAUGAAGGCAGACCCCGUGGAGGAUUCAUUAUCUACAGACCAUUUCCAAACACAGACUGAACCAGUGGACUUGUCAAUAAACAAAGCCAGGUCAUCACCUACAGCAGCUUCAUCUUCACCAGUUUCCAUGACAGCAUCAGCCUCCUCUCCUUCUUCUACUUCUACUUCUUCUAGUCGGCCAGCUUCAUCACCCACAGUAAUAACAUCGGUAUCCUCAGCAGCAUCUGUACCAUCAGUAUUAACUCCAGGUCCUCUUGUGGCCUCAGCAUCUGGUGUUGGAGGCCAGCAGUUUUUGCACAUUAUCCAUCCAGUACCACCCUCAAGCCCCAUGAACUUGCAGUCCAACAAAAUGAGUCAUGUGCACCGUAUCCCUGUGGUGGUACAGUCGGUACCUGUUGUCUAUACAGCUGUGAGAUCACCUGGGAAUAUGAACAACACUAUAGUCGUACCACUGUUGGAGGAUGGGAGAAGCCACGUCAAAGCACAAAUGGACCCCCGAGGCCUAUCUCCCAGACAAAUUAAAAGUGACAGUGAUGAUGACGACCUGCCAAAUGUGACCUUAGAUAGCGUUAAUGAAACUGGAUCUACAGCGCUCUCCAUAGCCAGAGCAGUACAAGAAGAGAGCUUGUGGGGCUGUGCCAGGUCAGCUGUUAACCCUUUUCGUUUUUUCAACUCCAGUUCAAUUUCACCAUUCAGUAUUGAGAGCACAAGGCGUCAGAGGAGGUCUGAGUCUCCAGACUCCAGGAAGCGACGCAUCCAUCGGUGUGACUUUGAGGGAUGCAACAAAGUAUACACAAAAAGUUCCCACCUGAAGGCUCACCGGAGGACACACACAGGAGAAAAACCCUACAAAUGUACCUGGGAAGGCUGCACCUGGAAGUUUGCUCGGUCGGACGAACUGACGAGGCAUUACCGCAAGCACACGGGAGUGAAGCCAUUCAAGUGUGCAGACUGUGACCGCAGCUUUUCCCGCUCAGAUCACUUGGCGCUCCACCGCCGCAGGCACAUGCUGGUUUGAGAAACGCUACCUGUUCCAGCUGAGUUUAAGAGCUGGGUCUCUUAACUAUCCGGAGUGAAUUCAGCAGGGCUGAAUCCCCCUCUACAGUGUUAACAGGCAGGGCUUUUCUCGAUGUCUGUAACAAGACAAACAAACAAGACAUUCAGAAAAAUGCAGGAAAAGAAGUGCCACUCUUCUCCUCACCAUCUGAAGCUAACCCCCUCUGCCCUUUAGCAUGGCUACCCCCUGAAAGUGUCAUCACAAUCACCUGGGAAACAGCAGCCGAAAUGCUACAGGAAUGGGCAUUAUCUUACAUGCUGCAUCCUUUGACAAAAAAAAAAUGUUUAUAGCUUGUAUGUUUUUCUCAGCUGUUGGACAUUUUGUUCCUGAAAAAAAUCACUGCUGAUUGGAGGAUUAGAUACCACAAACCGAUGACGAUGACGAUGAUGAAAGCAAGACCGCUAGACCUUUAUUGUCCUAUCUUUUCCCCUUUUUUGAAUACCAUCUGGCUGGUGUCAGUGUUAUGACCAAGCUGUGCUGCAGACAAGCUGCAUGUGAGUAGGCGAGAGGAAUCUGCUGGAGAGGUCCCACUGCAGAGGGAGUCGAAGGGCUGCUUGGGCAGACUUUUGCAAUAACGGUGGUGGCAUAUUAAUAUUGUACCACAGUUUGUCAGUAUGCCCUAGAUGACACCAGCCAUUUAACCUUUCUUCUUGUUUGUUUGGUGGUUUAUUUUUCACUUCUUUUCUUUUAUUGUCGAAGUCUGUAAAAUAAACAAGGGUUAGCAGCAUCUCUGCUGAAAGUACAAUAUUAAGUAUCUGUAUUUUACCAUGGGCUUAUUUAGAACUGUUUCCUGAUUCGUGUAGAAAGAGGUCAUCUGAAAACUACUACCCCAUUCUCAACAUGCAGUUUUCUUUCAUGCAGCUAAUCCACUUCCCCAUGACGGUUAUUUGAACAUGAGGAAGUAGGUCUUACAACUCACUGGUACCAAGAUAAGUGCUGUAGCCGUUCAUGAGAUGGAAUUGCAUGUACCAACAAUACAAAACAGAGUAAACGGCUGCAUCUCUGGCAGAGAAAAAGCAAUAAUGAUUAAAAUGGCUCUUGAGACAAUAAUUUACUCCACACCAACAGAAGGGGUGGAAGUGGGGUGGGGGGGGGAAAGGUAUGCAGAAAUAGCACAUAAGAUCAUUUGAGUUAAUCUUUCUUAUGGUUUCACUGACCUGCUAUGUACCACAAUUAAAUACUUUCAUUUCCUUUAACAUAAUACCUGUGUCUGGAAAGUGAGAAAGAUAAAGGAAAGAGCUGAUUGUUGAGGAGUCAGUGGAUGAACUGUAAG